AUGGGCCCUUCGCAUGUCUCAGGUUCGGAAGCCUUGGGAAAAGAGUCGCUGUGCAUACAGCGCGAAUCAGCAUAUCAUUGCACAUUGAGUGGACUGACUGAAGUCAGGUUACAUACCGAACACGAUCUCCAACUCGUCGCGCGAAAGCUAUUCUCCCUGACAGCGAUGUGGACCAUAGCCGACCCCGACUGUAUCAUGCGUGACAUGCUUCCGGUGGACACCGAGUAUGUUGGUGUUCUCGUAAGAGCCUUCGUCGCGGUCUGCGGACCGAACGGAGCAGACUACGCCAUCGCAUUUCUUGGUGUGCUGCGGAAUCAGUGA